CCGACUGGGCACUUAGAUCGCGCCCGAACCUCCAGGACAUGAGCUUCCCAGCGGGCAUCUCCCGCCCCCGGGCCAGCCCCGGGCCGCGGCUCCUGCAGCUGCUGCUCCUGACCGCUGCGCUCGCCACCGCCAGCACCAGCGCCAGCGAAGGGGCUGACCUCCAAGAAGGAGUUGGGGACCCGCAAUGCCUGUGUGUGAAGACCACCUCCCGGGUCCAUUUCAAGCACAUCACGAGCCUGGAGGUGAUCAAGGCCGGACCCCACUGCCCCACUGCCCAAGUGAUAGUCACGCUGAAGAAGGGAGGAAAAGUUUGCCUGGAGCAGCAAGCCUCCCUGUAUAAGAGAAUACUUAAGAAACUUUUGGAGGUCUAGCUACUGACUACCUAAAUCUGCACCUUUGCUACCUAAUGUGUGAUACUUCUUUUUAUUUUGCAUCUAACUGUGAA